AUGCUUCCGAGGAUAGCAGGGCGGAAACUGCGCAGAGAUGCGUUUAGGACGCCGACGACUCUGAGCGACCAAUUGACGCUGCCAUGGCUCUGCCCCGCACUGUCACGGACGAGAUACUACGCCUUGUCAACAGCAGCAACAACAAAAACACAGGCACCCGACUCGAGAAGACGACCCGGGGAAAAGUCACAUGCGCUGUCUUCACGGCACGAGACGCGCUCCCUCGCCACUUCGGCCGACUUGCAACCACCGCCGCCCUCUUCGCUCCCCUUCAAUCCCUUUGCUCAGACAUGGGGUCGCCACAUGCCGUCGCCCGAGCUCUCGCGGCUGCCAACAUGGGACGGAUCAAACCCCCUCGUCGUGCGCGACACGUUGGCUGCGUCACCCAUAAUGCGAGCGAGAGACGGCAUGGCAAACGAUCCCAUCGAAUUACACCAAAGUCUAUACGCUUGCCUGCGAGUUGGCCGCGUAGAUCGGGCGGCCGUCAUCAUCGAUCGCCUCAUGUCGAUUUACAAGGCCGAUGCCGCCGAAGUGGUGGAUGCACACAAUGUCUAUCUACAGACAAUACUGGAGAUGGGCCAGAUAGAACCCCAGCCCGAGGCACUGGAAAAGGUGGAGCAUUGGUACAAGAACAAGAUGCUCCGCGCAGGCGUCCCGCCGAAUGCGCAGACAUUUGUCACGCUCAUCCGGUCGGCCAUGAACUUUCUAGUCGACGACGCACAGGAAGAGUCGAUACGGACAUACAUUGUCACGGCACGCCAGCUCGGCGACGACGUUUUGGAGGCCAUCAACACCUCACCCGACUUCUCCGAUGAGGAAUGGGACCUGCUAAUCCACAUGCAACCAGAGUCAUUUGACGAGCCCCCAUCUGUCGAAGAAGUACAAAAUCUCCACAUCAACACACCCGCCAGUCGCAAGAACCUCAUCGAACAUGGCCUGGUAGCGCAUCCCGCCCAAUCCAUCAAGCCUGUUCCACAGAAAGGCAUGGGCCUCGACUCUUUGAAACAUGCCCUCACCCUCUUCGACGACCACGAACGCGUUCCGUACCCACAUGACAUGGAGGGCACACAAGAGGAAAAGGAUCAGGCGUAUGCAUAUGCCCGUCAGCUCCAAAUGGAACAAGAUGGCGUGGAUGCGGCUGUCAACAGGUGGAAGCACGAGAACGAGAAAUUGGCCGACAUCGGAAUCCACGGCGUGAUGAAUACCAAACCAAUCCAGGCCAUGAUGUACAGCUGGUACAAGGCCCUAGUACCGGCUUUCAAGAAGCGCAUUGAGCAUGCCAAGCAGGUUUUGUCAGAGUCUUCCAAGGACAUGAUGAAGGAGGAAGUCAACUCAUAUGGUGUCUGGUUGGAGAGAUGCAAGCCGGAGAAGCUCGCCGCCAUUACCGUUGCUCGUACCACUCAGGCCGCCGUGAGAAACAAAGGCGAAGACAACUCUGCCCUCAAGGUUUCGGCUUUAUCCACUUCCAUAGGCAGCGAAAUUCAAGACUAUCUCGAUAGCGAGUCACAGGCCCGACGGGAUGCUUUCCUCAAGAAGCAACGAAAACAGACUCGCCUAGACUUAUUCAACAAGCUAUCGAAAAACCCCCCGGUCUUGCAAACCGAACCGGGACAAAGGGAGUCAGUUGCAAGUCUCGACAGCUUCGAGAAGACCACCAUACCACUUGUGGCUCGGACCAAGCUCGGGGCCAUGUGUCUGGAGAACCUCCUCUCAUGUGCCACACUUACUGUGACCGCAAAAGAUCCGAGGACAGGCGAGGAAAAAUCUCGUAGCAUGGCAGCAUUUCACCACCAGGUUGGCUUCCAUCAGGGCAAGAAGCUUGGGUUCAUAGUGCCCCAUCACGAAGUUUUGACCAAGUUACGGACUGAGUCGGUGCAUAGCAUUCAUAAUGUCAGACUACCCAUGGUGAUUGAGCCAAAGCCAUGGUCGAGCUUCGAAGACGGCGGCUAUUAUACCCUACCCCAAAAGGUAGUUCGUCAGAAGGGUGGUGACUCAUCACAACGGGCAUACGCUCAGUCUGCGAUAGAGAACGGCGACAUGUCCAAAGUGAUGGCUGGUCUCGACGUGCUCGGCCGGGUGCCUUGGCAAAUCAACGCUCCUGUUUUCGACGUCAUGGCGCGCGCUUGGAACGCUGGUGAGAGUCUCGGGUCUCUCAUCGGAGAAAAGGCGGUAGCAGCUUUAGAGCGCCCCAAGGAGCCUCCAGCCGAUGCGACAUAUCAAGAACGAGCGAAAUGGGGCAAGGCCCUGAAAGAAUAUGAUAACCAAAUCGGCGGUCUUCACUCGCAAAGAUGUUUCCAAAACUUCCAACUAGAGACGGCGCGCGCGUUUUUGAACGAGAAGAAAAUCUACUUUCCACACAGUGUCGACUUUCGAGGCCGAGCAUAUCCAAUUCCCCCUAUCCUCAACCACAUCGGCUCCGAUGUCGCCAGAGGUCUUCUCAAGUUUGCGCAUGGCAAAGAGCUUGGCACUGUCGGCUUGCAGUGGCUAAAGAUCCAUCUUGCCAAUCUCUACGGGUUCGACAAGGCUAGUUUGCGAGAGCGUGAACAGUUUGCUAUGGACAAUCUUGAUGAGAUUCGUGAUUCAGCAAGCAAUCCUUUGGAUGGUCGGCGAUGGUGGGCCAAGGCGGAGGACCCAUGGCAAUGUCUGGCAUGCUGCAUAGAGCUCAAGAACGCUCUGGACUCGCCCGAUCCGGCUAGGUUUAUAUCACAGCUGCCAGUGCACCAGGAUGGAACAUGCAACGGACUUCAGCAUUACGCGGCCUUGGGAGGUGAUCAUGCCGGUGCUCGUCAGGUCAAUCUUGAACCCUCGGACAGACCCCAAGACAUUUACACAGGUGUUGCCGAACUCGUCAAGGAGAUGGUUACCAAAGACGCUGCCAAAGGUUCAGAGCUCGCAAAAUUUGUCGAAGGUCACAUCAGCCGAAAGGUCGUCAAACGUACAGUUAUGACGAACGUCUACGGGGUCACCUUCAUGGGAGCCAAAGAGCAAGUCCAUGAUGAGCUGCGCAACAUUUUCCCCAAGUUUGAGCCAACUGAGAAGGUCAAGUCGCUUGGGAGUGUCGCUUUGUACAUUGCGUACGCGAUUUUCGAAGCUCUGGGCAAGAUUUUCAACGGUGCUCAGGAAAUUCAAUACUGGCUAGGCGAAUGUGGCGAACGUAUUACCACGUCCCUAACCAAAGAGCAGAUACGGCGAAUUCAUAAUCGAUAUGAGGGCAUAGAUCUUGCUAAAGAGGCAUACGAUUCCAAGUUUACACCGCCAAAGAAGCUCACAUCAGCUCAACUCGCCAAGUUCAACAAGAGCAUGGAAAAUUUCACAACCGGUAUCAUCUGGACUACACCACUUAGGAUGCCAAUCGUACAGCCCUACAGGAAGGACAGCGUCCAGAAAAUCAGGACUAAAAUCCAGGAUAUAACAGUCUCGAAAAAAUCAGCAAAAGAUGAAGUCGACAAGCGUAAGCAACUUCAAGCAUUUCCCCCCAAUUUCAUCCACUCUCUCGAUGCGAGUCACAUGUUGCUAUCUGCACUCAAGGCCAGCGAGAUGGGUCUUGACUUUGCGGCCGUGCACGACAGUUUCUGGACGCACGCUUCUGAUAUCCCGAACCUAAACGUUAUACUUCGCGAUGCCUUUGUGCGCAUGCACUCCGAGGAUGUUGUUGAGCGUCUGGCCGCCGAGUUCUCGGCGCGCUACAAAGGUGCUUUGUACCGAGCCAACAUUCUCGCAAAUACAGAGCUUAGUCGGAAGAUUAUCCGGUGGAGAUACAACAAUCGUCGCAAUUCAGGCAACACUAGCUUUAGCCCAGGUUACCGCCAAGGAGAAGCAACGUUCGAGGAGGUUGCGCUUGAGGCUAAGCGUUUGAAGCUGCUAAACAGCGAAGAUCCCGAGGAGGUAAAAAUGGGUGAGGAGAUGGAGACGCCAACCAGCAUUUGGCUCGCAAAUCAGGAUCCCAGGGCACUUCACUCGUAUCGUCUUAGUCUUCUUGGUGAAACCAAGGACAAAGAAUCAUCCGAUAGGCAGACAGAGGUCAGAGACAAGGUCUUGGGUGCCGAGGCAGACGCGGUAACGGACGCGCUUUCCACUACCAAAUCCACGCUGGAUCUUGUAGAAGAGGAAGCGGAAAAUCUUGGAAAAGACCCUCAAAGCGGUGGCAUCACGACCAAGAAAAAGUCGCCCUCUCGUGUCGCCGCUGACAAGACAAUUACACAAGUGUGGAUUCCCUUGACAUUCCCUCCUGUACCCAAGAAGGGUGGCUGGGAUGUCUCACGGCUUCGCGAAUCACAGUACUUCUUCUCAUGA